UGAACUGAAGGACCUGCUAGAAGGAGGUCAUAGAUUUGGCACUUGCAUUUAUAAAAAUUUGGCAGAGGAAGAAAGCUGGUGGAGGCUGUUUGGAGAGGAAGGGAGUAUGAAGGAAGAGCUGGGCUCAGUUCAUUACAAAGCAAGAAAAGGCCCUGAUGCCAUGGAGGCUGAGAGCAGAAAGGAAUUGUGGGAAGGAACUGGGCGGAAUUACCUGGGAGACACCGACUUCCCUUCGGAUGUGCAGUGCCGGCAAUUCAGACACUUCCGCUACCAGGAGGCCGAAGAGCCCCGAGAGGUUUGCAGCCAACUUCACCGUCUUUGCCACCAGUGGCUGAAGCCAGAAAGGCACAGCAAGAAGGAGAUCCUGGACCUCGUGAUCCUGGAGCAGUUCCUGACCAUCCUGCCCCCGGAGAUGGAGAGCUGGGUCAGGGAAUGCCGGCCAGAGACCAGUUCCCAGGCAGUGGCCCUGGCAGAAGGGUUCCUCCUGAGCCAGGCAGAUGACAAGAAUCCGGGCCAGCAGGAACAGGAGCAGAUCGUGCAGGAGCAUCACCAUGGAGCAGCAUUUCUGGGCGAGGCCUUGAAACCAGUGAUAAAUUCUUUGCCAUCUCAUUGUGACAGAGAGAGAGCAGCUUCAGUGCGGCCAGAUCUGGGUCUAGUGACCUUUGAGGAGGUGUGUGUUCAGUUCACUGAGGAGGAGUGGGCUCUACUGGAUCUGGACCAAAGAAGCCUUCACAAGGAGGUCAUGGAGAACAAUUUUCAGAAUGUGGCCUCUAUAGAGGCUGAUAAAUCAUCUGCUACUCAGGGUGCUGAAUCUGAGGACAUCCUGCCAUACCAUGGAAGGAUCAGCUGUCCCGUACAUGGAAAAACAUUUAUUUAUCAAUCAUUUUUUGAUACACACAGAAGAAACCACGCAGAGGAUAAACCAUAUAAGUGCACGGAGUGUGGAAAGAGCUUUGCUUGGAGUACACAGCUUACUAUCCAUCGACGUAUCCACACAGGGGAAAAACCAUACAUAUGUAUGAUCUGUGGAAAGAGUUUUGCUCAGAGUACCAACCUUACUGCCCAUCAACAUAUCCAUACAGGGAAGAAACCAUAUAAAUGCGAGGAGUGUGGAAAGAGCUUUCGUCAGAGAGCACAACGUACUGCUCAUCAACGUAUGCACACAGGGGAGAAACCAUAUAAAUGUGUGGACUGUGGAAGGAGCUUUGCUCAGAGUGCCAACCUUACUGCCCAUCAACGUAUCCACACAGGAGAGAAACCAUAUAAAUGCGAGGAGUGUGGAAAGAGCUUUCGUCGGAAUACAGAGCUUACCGCCCAUCAACGUAUGCACACAGGAGAGAAACCAUAUAAAUGUUUGGAUUGUGGAAAGAGCUUUGCUCAUAGUGCAAACCAUACUGCCCAUCGACGUAUCCACACAGGGGAGAAACCAUAUAAAUGUGUGGAGUGUGGUAAAAGCUUUUCUGGGAGUGCAGAUCUUACUGUUCAUAGACGUACCCAUACAGGGGAGAAACCAUAUAAAUGUGUAAACUGUGGAAAGAGCUUUUCUCAGAGUACCAACCUUACUACCCAUCAACGUAUGCACACAGGGGAGAAACCAUAUAAAUGUGUGGAGUGUGGAAAGAGCUUUCGUCGGAAUGCAGAGGUUACUGUGCAUCAACGAAUGCACACAGGGGAGAAACCAUAUAAAUGUUUGGACUGUGGAAAGAGCUUUGCUCAUAGUGGAAACCUUACUGUCCAUCGACGUAUCCACACAGGGGAGAAACCAUAUCAAUGUGUCAAGUGAGGAAAGUGAUUUGCUCAAUAUAUACACCUUACUGCCCACCAUUGUAUCCACACUGGAACCAUAUAAAUGCAUGGAAUGUGGUAAAAACUUUUCUUGGAGUUCACACCUUACUGUCCAUUGAUGUAUCCAUACAGGAAAGAAACCAUAUAAAUGUGUGGAGUGGGGAAGUGCUUUGCUCAAGGUAUAAACC